UUCUAACCUUAAGUUCCAUUUUCCCUGUUCUUUAUUAUAGAACAAACUGGCAAAGGCUCUGUAUGACAACACUGCAGAGUGUGCAGAUGAGCUGGCUUUCAGAAAAGGGGACAUUGUCAUGGUGCUGGAUCAAAGCGUGGCUGGGACCAGCGGAUGGUGGAUGUGUUCUCUUUAUGGACGCCAUGGGCUGGCCCCUGCAAAUAGACUGCAGCUUUUACCACAAACUGGAACCAUUGCAAGCUCAUUAAGCCAUGACACAGAAACAUUCAGAUUUACUGAUGCUGAAACGGAUGACAGUGUGCAAAAUAUCUACCAGAUCCCAUGUGUACCUCGACCAUGCAGCAGCCCAGCGUAUGAACGCAUGGAUAAGAUCUACAAGGUCCCGUCCACUCAUCUAUCAGCUUCAAAAAUUCCAGUGCAGCAGGCACUAAGGCACAGCAAAGAAGGACCUGAGGAAAACCAGCCUUCAUUCUCAAGCAAGCUGUCCAGUUCUACAGGAGAGGUUUACGAUGUCCCGAGCCAAGCAAGACGAGCUUCUCUUUUCAACGCAUCAACCACUCCCAAACAUACGCCACGGAAACCCUCCCUGACUCCAAUUUCAGAGCUGGAGAAAAGAUUUGAUUCUCCGGAGAGUUUAAGUUGUUGCAAUCCGGUAGACUCUUAUGUGUAUGCAGUUCCACCAUCCUUGCCUCAGGAUCCAAACUAUGAUAUCCCUGUUCCUUCCACCACAGAAGCCCAACACAUAAUGAUGGGUGGAUACAGCACCCUUCCCAUCCCCUGCAAGCCUGAGUGGAUUUAUGAUGUGCCAGUGGGUCCUGAGAAACUUAGUCCACCCCAAAUCUCCAAUGAUACCAUGCCCUCCAAAGCCAUUUGUAGACUAUGUGACACUCUUUCAGCACAUGCUUGGCCCAUUCAAGGAGGCAUUGCAACCUCCUUGCUUUAUGAUAUACCAAAACACAAUUCACUUGACAUCGUGAGGCCACCCAAAGUGUUGCCAAGGGCCCCAAUUUAUGACAAGCCCCCAACUCAGAGGAUUGUGGAGGACAUUGUUUAUGCAGUUCCACCCCAGGAGGAACCUUUAACUCGAGUUCUCAACCAACCGUCCAGUGAUCAUAUCCCAUUAGAGUGCAGGGGCGACUCAAGUAAUGCUCAUGAAUUCACAAAGGUGCGUCUGCAGCGAAUGAGGAACUUUUUGGCCUGCACAUCUUUCCAUUACCCUCCCGGAAGUGGGGAGUCACCAGUGCAAGAGGACAAUGAUCAAGGUAAAACCCUGCGACUCUCCGCAACAGACAGUCAAAGAAUCAGCAGGGCCUCCAGCUCCUCCGCUAGCUCCUGUGACUCUCUGACUCUGAAUUCCCCCUCUCCCGAGCCUCUGCGAGAAGUGACGCUCAGCCAGGAUCAAGCCUGUCGCAAAAUUCUGGACCUGCAAAUUUCAAUUUGCGAGGCUGUCCCCCGUCUUAUGGAGUUUGUCAGCAGUCACUGGAGGAGCAAAGAACACCUGGAGAAACACCUGAAGGAAAUCAAAGAAGCAUCAGAGGGGAUUGCAUGUUCUCUUAUGUGCUUCCUAAACUUUGCUUUGGAUGUUAAAGGCAAUGCACGCCUUUUGACCGAUGCCAACCUUCAGACAAGGCUCUAUAAACAGCUGUCAAUUGUGGAAGACUCAGGCAUGAUCCUUCAACAAACAGUUAGUGCACUAAAUAUGACUGGCUGGCCCCUGAAUACACUUUGUCAGGACUCUGGGCAGGUCCAGAUACCUGAUCAACUGGAGCGCUUCGUUAUGGUGGCCCGCACGGUUCCAGAGGACAUCAAGCGUCUGGUAUCCAUCAUCAAUGCCAACGGCAAGCUUCUGUUCAGAGCCUCGCAGAAAGCUCCAGAGCCUCUCAACCCCUUAGGUCAGCUGGAUAUAAAGAAGAGUCCUGAUGUGAGUGAACCAGGAGGGGCCUUGGUGGAGGAUGACAAUGACUACGUAGAGCUACAGACAAAAAUUGACUUUGAAAAGCAGCAGAUGGAAGUGCAGAAAGAACAAAGAGAUAAAGUCACAUCAGACAAAGUCUAUAACAAUAUACAGGCUCUUAACAAGUGUCACUCCUCUGAGUCCUGCAGCGGCACAGAAGAACAUCGACCAGCCUCUGUGUCAGAGCACUGCCGGCUUUAUUUUGGUGCUCUCCAGAAGGCCAUCGGGGGAUUUGUGGGCAGCCUCCGGGAUGGUCAGCCACCAGAGAAAUUCAUCUCGCAGAGUAAGCUGGUGAUCAUGGUGGGCCAGAGGCUGGUGGACACCUUGUGCAGAGAGGCCCAACGUGGAGGGUCCCCCCAGAGCCUCCUGUGUAAGAGUAACCACCUGUGUGCUCUUCUGAAGCAGCUGGCUGUGGCCACUAAGAAGGCAGCACUGCACUUCCCUGAUAAGCAAGCUCUGCAUGAGGCUCAAGAGUUUGCUAAAGAACUUGCCCAAAGAGCACAGCACUUUCGAAAAUCGCUUGACCUCUGAACAUAUCAAGCAAGUGGAUUUGUUUGUACAGCAAAAAACAUAUAUUCAUCAUCUGUUUUAGUUUUCAUUCAUGCCAUAUUCAACGACAUUGAUGCUACUUAUUGAUACUAGCCAAAGGGUCAUCACUUGAGCUAAAAUUCUCCACAAUUAUGAAUGCAGGUACUGGUUACUAUAGUGGAGGAAAUAAUUAUUCGAUCAAUUGCCGAUUUUGUAAGUUUACCCACUUACAAAGAAAUGAACAGUCUAUCAUUUUAAUGGUAGGUUUAUUUCACUAAUGAGAGACAGAAUAUCAAAAAUAAUAUCCAGAAAUGUACAUCACAUAAGAGAUAUAAAUUAAUUUGCAUUUAAUUGUGUGAAAUAAGUAUUUAAACCCCCAACCGGUCUGUGUGAGAAUAACGUAAGUCCUCUUCCUUUAGGAAAGUACUCCUAAUAUCUACUUGUUACCUGUAUAAAAGACACCUGUCCACAGAAUCAAUCAAUCAAUCAGAUUCCAACCUCUCCACCAUGGACAAGACUAAAGAGCUGUCUAAGGACCUCAGGGACAAGACUGUAGACCUGCACAAGGCUGGGAUUGGCUACAAGACCAUCAGAGAGCAGCUUGAUGAGAAGGAGACAACUGUUAGUGCCAUUAUUCAGAAAUAGAAGAAACACAAAAUGAGCAUCAGUCGCCCUCAUACUGGGGCUCCUUUGGGGUGUUUCUCUGCUAAGGGGACAGGACGACUUCCCUGCAUCGAGGAGAGGGUGGACGGGGCUAUGUACAGGGAAGUCUUGGCCG